AGGAGCUGAAGGCCAAGGUGGCCGCGCCGCCCGCGGCCCCCACGACGCCCCAGGCGCCCUUCCGCGCAUUGGAGUGGCAGGUCGAGGACCUGGGCCGCAGGCACGCGCAGCUCCAGGACGUGGUGGCCUCUCUCGCGAGGCAGGUGCACGACCUCCUGCACCGGCCGGAGGGGGCCCCGCACGGCGAGCUGCUCCGCGAGCUGCAGGAGGAGCGGUCCAUCGUUGCUGACACCCUGGAGGGCGUGAAGCAGGAAAAGUGCGAGGUAAUCGCCCUGAUGCACACGUUCGCGGAGGGUAAGGACGCGGCCUUUUGCCAAAAGCAGUGAUUUUCGGCAGAACGUCCUGUGCGAUCUGCUGGAACUGCGGGUUCAGCAGGCCCACACGCUCAGCGCCAACAUCCUUGGAGGGCGCUCCUCGAGGAGAUGCGGCUGGCCCCGAGCAGGAACCUCCACGGGGUCCCGACGCAGAAGGGGUGGCGGAGUCGGGGUGUGGGGUCGGGCCUGGAUGUGAGGAGUUCUCACAUCUCUUUUUCGGGUGGGCGGAAGCAUUCCCUCCUGCAGGCUGACGUCGAUGAUGUGCACCC